AUGUCACAUGGACAACAAGGAUACGAUCGCCUUGAUGAUUAUGAACAGGAGGCCUAUUCAGCUAAUGGUUGCUGUUGUUUUCGACUCUUCAAUUUCAACUCGCGGCGAAACAAUGAACGUGAAUAUGAUGUUUUGAACCAGAAUGGUGACUCUAGAGAUCCAUGGUUGGUGAGGAAACUGCAGAAAGUGAAGGAGGCUUCAGAGGUUUUGGCAGGGCCAAAGUGGAAGACAUUCAUUAGAAAGAUCAGCGCAUAUAUCAAGAAGAAGAAACAAAGGAAUAAUCAGUUUCAAUAUGAUGCUGAAAGCUAUGCUCUUAACUUUGAUAGGGAAGAGGAUGAUUGUUUGAUUCCUGGUUUCUCAUCAAGGUUUGCUGCUGCUUCUUCUGAAGAUCAAGAGACUCGUCGAAACGGGUUGUGA